UCACGGAGAUCUCGUUACCGGUUGUGUGUCUGGACUGGAGUGAGCUGGCUGGACGAGGAUACGUGGUCCUGAACCUGACUCAGAACCUGAACUGUGAGGAGUUUCGUGUGGAUCAGGGCGUUCGCUUGUUGAGGAUCUUGGAGCGAGUGUUUGCACGCAGGAUGAAGAGCCCCGAGGGAUCAUGGGUACUUUACCUGAGCAAACCCACACACCAGCAACACCAGCUGCUGAUGAACGUGGCGUCUGAGCAAGGAGUGAUUGAGACCAAAGACGUGUUGGACAUGCUGGGAGAGAUCAGGAAGAGUCUGAAUAAGGUGGGGAUCCAGAACUUCAGCGCUCCAGGUAGCUGUCAGUCUCGACCCAGACAGACUCGCAGUGACUACGGGAAGCUGUUCGUGGUCCUGGUGAUCAUCGGCUCGGUGUGCAUGGUCAUCAUCACGUCAGGCUUCAUCUACAUCUGCUGGCAGAGACGGCUACCCGCCACCAAGACCAACUUCCGCGCCGAGGAACUUCACUUCGUGGAGAACGGUUGCCAUGACAACCCCACGCUGGACGUGGCCAACGACAGCCAGCCGGAGAUGCAGGAGAAGAAGCCGAGCGCCAACGGGCUCUCGGGCGGAGGGGGCGGGGCCGGGGAAGGAGGCGGGGAGGACAGCAAACGCUGGCAGGUGUUCGUUAAUCAAGCUGCGACCGACGACGACGAAGAGGAGCAGGACACACACCUCUGAUGGACCAGGAGGACGAAGAGGAGGAUGUCCUGAGAGACAGAUGAUGAAUGUGUUAGAGGAAGAGAGGAAGAAGAAGAAGAAGAGGAGGAUGUCCUGAGAGACAGAUGAUGAAUGUGUUAGAGGAAGAGAGGAAGAGAAGAAGAAGAAGAAGAAGAAGAAGAAGAAGAAGAAGAGGAGGACUGAAAUGUUUCUGAGAGAGAGGAAGAGAAAAGAAACUGAUGAGUUAAAGGAAUGAAGGGAGGGAGGAGUCAGAGGAGAGCUGGGAGGAGUUAUGACAUCAUCAUGACAUCAGACAUCGGGGUAAACACGCCGGCGCUCUCUGCGUGAGCGUCUCGUCUGAUAAACCUGCAGACCAUCAGAGGUCCCCGGGUUCAGAUCACAGAUUUAGACUCCUGCACAUCGCUCAGUCUGCCGUCUGAUUCAGCUGGCAGCUCUGAUGAUACCUGAGGAGAUAAAACAUCUCCUCUGUCCUCCUCUCUGAGUGUAGACCAGCUCUGAGGCUGACUGAGGGGAUAAAACAUCUCCUCUGUCCUCCUCUCUGAGUCUGAACCAGCUCUGAGGCUGACAGAGGAGAUAAAACAUCUCCUCUGUCCUCCUCUCUGAGUCUGAACCAGCUCUGAGGCUGACUGAGGAGAUAAAACAUCUGUCCUCCUCUCUGAGUCUGAACCAGCUCUGAAGCUGACAGAGGAGAUAAAACAUCUGUCCUCCUCUCUGAGUGUAGACCAGCUCUGAGGCUGCAGACAGAACAUCAGAAACCACAACACUCUUCACAUCAUGUUUAAAUAAUCCAGGAGCUUCAAAACAAACUCUGCGUACAGAUCAGAUCAACCUGAGUGUAAAGAUGAGUUUAGAUCAGCUCUGUGGUUUUUAUACGCAGCACUAAAGACAGACCAUGUUUCAGGUUUAGUUCAUUUAUAAAAAUGAUUCAAUAAUAUUAAAUUAGACACUCAGAACCUUCACCUGGACUCACUUACCUUCCUCUAGUAGAAUGAACAACUUCACCUAUAGAUCAGUGCUUUGAAGGUUAAGAUGUUUUUAAUGUUUUUUGUAUUUAUUUAUUUGUUUGUAUAUUUUUGU